UCGGCCCAAUGAGUAAAUAGUUCGACGGUGACACUAAAAUGGCCAAUUUCUUAUCCUCUCCGAACGAACAAGCAUCUCAACCAUGGCUUCUGUGGCAGUGGCACCACCACCACUCUCAUGCCAUUCUCGGCCCACACCUAAAGUCAAACACUUCCUCCGCCCAAUCUUCCCUCCAAAACCAAAACCACUUUCUUCUCUCUCCGCCGCGCAGACAACCGCCCACCACCAAACAGACUCUCUCACUUUCCUCCAAGACGUCAACAAUCUCUGUGACGCCGGAAACCUCUCGGAGGCUCUGACCCUUCUUCAAGCACACUCUCACGAUGCAAUUUCCAGUUCACAGCAAGGGAAAGACGCCAUGGGAGCCUUGUUACAGGCCUGCGGGCGCCGCAAGGACGUUGAAACCGGACGCAAAGUCCACAACUUGGUCUCCGCGUCGACCCUUUUCAGCAAUGACUUUGUUCUCAACACACGCAUCAUUACCAUGUAUGCAAUGUGCGGUUCUCCUUUGGAUUCCCGCUCAGUUUUCGACGGGCUGAAGAGGAAGAACUUGUUCCAGUGGAAUGCGCUUGUUAGUGGGUAUGCAAGAAACGAGCUUUUUGUUGAUGCCAUUGAUGUGUUUGUUGAGUUGAUCAGCGUUACGGAGUUUAAACCCGAUAAUUUUACUUUUCCCUGUGUUUUUAAGGCCUGUGGGGGGAUUUCAGACAUGGGUUUGGGACAGGUUGUUCAUGGGAUGGCUGAGAAGAUGGGAUUGAUUUCGGAUGUGUUUGUGGGCAAUGCGUUGAUUGCAAUGUAUGGGAAAUGCGGGUCGGUUGAGGAUGCAGCUAAAGUGUUCGAGAUAAUGCCUGAGAAGAAUUUGGUUUCUUGGAAUUCGAUGAUAUGCGGGUUCUCGGAGAAUGGAUUGGAUCAUGAGAGUUAUAGUUUGUUGGGGAAGAUUUUAGAGGGUGAUGAAGCUCUAGUACCGGAUGUUGCUACGUUGGUGACUGUAUUGCCUUUGUGUGCUGGGAACGGAGAAGUAAAUAUGGGGAUGAUGAUUCAUAGUUUGGCAGUGAAAUUGGGGCUGAACCAGGAAUUAAUGGUGAAUAAUGCGUUGGCGGACAUGUACUCAAAAUGUGGGUACUCAGUUGAAGCUCAAGUCUUGUUUGACAAGAAUGACACGAAAAAUGUGGUUUCUUGGAAUUCCGUCAUAGGAGGUUUUUCUAGAGAAGGGGAUGUAUGUGGCACGUUUGGUCUUUUGCGAAAAAUGCAGAUGGAAGGGGAGAAAGUGAAGGUGAAUGAGGUCACCAUACUGAAUGUGUUACCGGCUUGUUUGGAGGAGUCGGAACUUUUGAGCUUGAAAGAACUUCAUGCUUAUUCAUUCAGACAUGGGUUUAUAUAUGAUGAACUGGUAGCCAAUGCUUUUGUUGCAGCGUACACGAAAUGUGGGUCACUAAAUUCCGCUGAGCUGGUUUUUCAUGGUAUUGAGACGAAGACAGUGGGCUCCUGGAACGCAGUUAUUGGUGGCUGUGCCCAAAAUGGAGAUCCAUACAAAGCUUUAGAUUUGUACCUUCAAAUGAAAUAUUCAGGCUUGGAUCCUGACGAGUUUAGCAUCGGUAGCCUCCUUUUAGCUUGUGCCCACCUGAAACAUCUUCAACAUGGGAGAGAGAUUCAUGGAUUUGUGCUACGUAAUGGGUUAGAAGUGGAUUCAUUCAUUGGUAUUUCAUUACAGUCCCUUUACAUCCAUUGUGGUAAAUUAUCAUCUGCAAGAGUAUUAUUUGAUAGGACAGAAUCGAAAAUUAGAGUGUCUUGGAAUGCAAUGAUCGCCGGUUACACUCAGGUUGGACUUCCUGACAAAGCCCUUGAUCUCUUUCGCCAAAUGCUGUCUGAUGAAAUCCUACCUUGUGCAAUUGCAACAAUGAGCAUGUUUGGGGCUUGUUCACAACUGUCAGCUUUGCGUUCAGGAAAAGAGCUGCAUUGUUUCGCUUUGAAAGCUCGCCUCACAGAAGACCUUUUUGUUGGUUGCUCUCUCAUAGAUAUGUAUGCAAAAAGUGGCUGCAUCGAACAAUCUCAUAGAGUUUUUGACCGGUUAACCAAGAAGGAUGUGCCUUCAUGGAACGUUAUAAUUGCAGGAUACGGAAUUCAUGGACAUGGAAACAAGGCUUUAGAGCUCUUCAGAGAAAUGCUAAGUUUUGGCCAGAAGCCUGAUGGCUUUACGUUUAUCGGAAUUUUAACUGCAUGUAGCCAUGCUGGGUUGGUUAAGGAGGGGGUAGAAUAUUUCAACCAGAUGCAAAGCUUGUACAAAAUAGAGCCGAAACUAGAGCAUUAUGCAUGUGUGGUGGACAUGCUUGGCCGGGCUGGCCGGUUGGAGGAAGCUUUAAACCUCAUACAUGAGAUGCCGGAGGAGCCAGAUACUAGAAUGUGGAGCUCAUUGCUUAGUUCCUGUAGGAGUCAUAAUAAUUUGGACAUGGGGCAGAAAAUCGCUGAAAAAUUGUUAGACGUAGAGCCUGAAAAGGCGGAAAAUUACGUGCUGCUGUCUAACUUGUAUGCCGCAGCAGGUAAAUGGGAUAGUGUGAGACACGUGCGGCGAAAGAUGAAGGAGACUGGCCUUCAGAAAGAUGCCGGACGCAGCUGGAUUGAAGUCGGAGGGCAAGUUUACAGCUUUGUUGUUGGCGACACAUCUCUGCCAGAGUCCGGAGAGAUCAAAAUGUGGACAAGGUUAGAGGAAAAGAUAAGUGAAUUCGGAUACAAACCCGACACAGGCUGUGUGCUUCAUGAACUAGGAGAAGACGAGAAGGUUGAAAUACUACGGGGACAUAGCGAGAAGCUUGCGAUUUCAUUCGGUUUGUUGAAGACGAGUAGAAGUAGAACAACAUUGAGAGUCUGCAAAAAUCUGCGGAUUUGUGUGGAUUGCCAUAAUGCAGCUAAGCUGAUAUCGAAAGUUGUUGAAAGGGAGAUUAUUAUGAGAGAUAAUAAGCGCUUCCAUCAUUUCAAACAUGGCCUUUGUUCUUGUGGAGAUUAUUGGUAAAUCAGGAGUGAAACUGAUUUCCGAAUGCAUGAGAAAAAAAGAAGUCGGUGUAGCAGAGAUGGGAAUGUUUAGUUGAAUGUUUGGGGACACAAGAAAUGACAGGAUUAAGAGCGAGGGUAUCCGAGGUAAAGUGGGAGUCGUCAGAAUUGAAUAUAAGAUGAAAGAAAAUGGGUUAAGGUGGUUUGGAUAUGUGAACCAAAGGCCUAUAAAUGCUCAGGGCAAAAGGGAUAGAAGAAGACUUAGGAAGACUUGGAAAGAGGCUUUACGAAAAGACAUAAAGUACUUGGAGGACUCUGCGCAAAACUGAUGCGACUAGAAUGACUCAAAUUUUGGGUUAUAUUGAUUCUUGUGAAAAUCCUCAAAAUUCAUUGGAAAACGUGGGUUAUAACUCACAGUUGUAAAAAAAUGAAAUUUUUAGUUUUAGGAAACAUUUUGUGUAUGAGUUUACGAAAAUGUUGCAAGACCUUUGGACA